GACGAUCAUGGCGCCCCCUCAUCUCGUCUCUCUAUCAAAUGAAUACUAUGACUUGAACGGCUCCCAAAUCGAUGUUCUGGACUCACCGCCUUCGGCUAUGGAGUUUUCGCGCUUAGUUCAUAUCUCUCGGCCAGUUCUGAUCCGGGGACUUGUGCUUCCAGCUUGUAGACUCUGGGACGACGAAUAUCUUGCUGGUGCGCUGGGAGACUCGGAAAUAUCUGUCGCUGUGACUCCAAACGGUCGGGCAGACGCGGUUACCCCGACUCAGGAUGGCCCCCUGUGUUUCGCCGAGCCGGCAACAGAGAAGAUGACUAUGGGUCAUCUCUUAUCAAUCCUGGAUGCUGAGGCUGAAAGCUCGGAUGUCUACUAUCUGCAAUCGCAGAAUGGAAAUGUGUAUUCGCAGCCUUUCUUUGAUGGGGCUGAAGAUGAUUCCGAAUUCACUGCUCUGCGGGCGGACAUCCCCAGCGAAAUCCCGUGGUGUAGUGAAGCACUCGGGAGACCGCCCGAUGCAGUGAACCUGUGGAUCGGCAGCAAGAAAAGCGUGACGAGCAUCCAUAGCGGCGAAUCCAUACGAGAAUGUAUAUCAUGUCGUCCGCGGCGUGAAACGUUUCAUGGUUUUGCCGCCUGCAGAAGGGUGGUGCGUCAAAGAGAAUAUCUAUCCACAUGCCACCUGGGUGCGGCAAAAUCCGGACGAAGCGCUGUCCCUCAAGUUAUCUCAAGGGCAUGCCCCAGUGCGGUGGGCCACUGUUAAUGACCCCAACGCUCUUCCCAAGGAGGCCCAUCCCAUCCAUAUCACUGUGAAUGCUGGAGAAACACUGUAUCUUCCUCCCGGGUGGUGGCACCAAGUCAGACAGGAAGACCGUACAAUCGCGCUCAACUGGUGGUACGAUAUGGAGAUGCGUGGGAUGUCAUGGGCAUUGCUUAGCUUUAUGAGGGACACCACCGCACCCUCGCAGUAGACAGGCAUAUCACGUGAUCAUCUAACAUAUGGAGUUAGCGCCUAAUCGCCAACUCAUGCCCUGACCUGGUCCGACCAGUCAGUCCCCCAUGGCAACUCCAGCCCCGUUCUCUCGACUGCAGCUCGCAGCAGCAUUAAUCGAGUAUGACAAUGAUCCCAAUAAUCCUGAGGCCCCAUAUCGUUCCGCCCAGGAAAGUGCGAUCUUCUCGAACUUCCGACGCAUGCAGCUUCGAGGUGCUGGGCCUCGUAAAAGCGACUUUCUGAAUGUCGCCCUACCGAGCGACCCAGGGAGCUUGAACGGCCGAGAAUCCGCACUAAGUGGUCGGAAAUCCCGAUCGUCCAUUAAUAUGCUCCGGAACCCAUUUGGUGCGGAUGAGAGCGUGGACUACGACUACGACGAAGAUGGGGACGAGGGAGAGGAGGGAGGUAUGGAGGUAGAUUUGACAUCGUGGGGACUGGACGCGUUCAUAGAGAAGGAGAAGGACCCCAAGGUGUCCAAGCGCAGCUCGCGGCGCUCGACAUUACCGAACCCGCACCCCAUACAGUCUGUGCGCUCCCAGACUAUGAAUACUGCCCCUCGACGUACGAUGAGGUCUAUGAGCGUCGGCAACAUGGACCAAAUGGUCAACCUAGAAGACGAGAACAGACGUAAAUCCUUCGGCUCUCCCGUCGACCUGCUCAACGUCGAGCCCAUCUCGUUCCCUCGGCACAGAUCAAUGUCCCAAUCUUUCUCGCAGCCACCUGCUGGCUUCUCGGGCAAUACGCAAUCCAUUCCAUUCCCCACGGGUUCCGUCCGUUCUCCCUCCCCAGGACCGGGCCAGUUUCCGGACGACGACUUCAAGGGAGAUCCCCGAGCAUCGACCUUCACAUCUAAAUUUGACCCCAAGGCAUAUCAAACUGGCGCAGACGACAACAAUCCAUUUGCUCUCCGUCCUCCAAGCAUGAUGUCCAAAUUCGAUCCCAAGGGAGCAGCGCACGCCCGGACAAUGUCCAACGCGUCGAUGGGCUCGCGGAUGAUGCUCGACGAUGCGUCUGUGAUGACUGGACUAGGACGAGAGCGGCGGUACUCGACGGCCGAACUGCUGCGACCCAAAGUUCUGGUCAUGCCGAGUCCGUUGCAGCAGAGCACUUCGAACCCUGUCAUGGCCACGCCCUCUGCGCAGUCCAGAGACGGAUUCCUGUCGUCUGUGGACCCGCCGCUGCCCCCCGGUGCCCGUUCGACUCGGCGUGGAUCAGCCCUAGACCCUUCUCCGUCCAAUCUGUUCACUCCCAAUCCGCGUGCUAAUCUCACGUUGUCUCAACUGACGUUCCGCAACACGCUGAUGGUCGACGGGCAGCGGGAUGUGACGUACCAGGACAUCGACGGCGACAUCCCGCGGGCAAUGGAAGACGGCGUUCAGAUGCAGCUGACCGCUCCGCCUCCCGAAUUUCCGGAGGAACCGCAGCUUAUGCCUCCGUCAGAAGAUCACAAGCCGGCGAAACCCGCGGGCAAGUUGUUCGGCAAGAGUCUGAUUGAUGAUCUGGAGAGCCGUAAACUGGAGAUGAAGUCCAAGCAACGUGUGUUUGCGGGCGAUGCUCGACCGACGAUGAUGGCCCGCACUUCGGCGCAACGUCAGAGCACGUUGAUUGAUCCAGCCUCGCUGCAGGUGAAGCCUGGCUCAUCGUCACGCCCAGUAACGCAGCAUCUGGGCUCUUUCGAAUCGCAGGGGUCUCAGCAAGCCCUGGGUCGUCGGGGCUCGAUCAACGCCAAGCCUCUGCUUUCAUUUGACGAAGACGACAAACUGCGACGGCCGAUGCCGAAUUUCGUUGGACGGACACCAAACAACCGAUCCGUGUUCGGUGUGGACACGCUAUGGGAGCGGGAGAUGGUGAAGCUCAAGGCUUUGGAGGCUCAGGAGAAAGAGGCAGAAGCCGUGCGGAAAGCUCAAGAAGCCGCAGAGGAAGAGGUCCCAGACAGGAAGCGCGGGGGCAAGAAGGGCAAGGGUAAGAACAAAGGACGGGAGCCAUCACUGUCUCCAGCACCCCCAUUAACACCUUCCGAAUCCGUCGAGGAACGACUGCCAUCCGCGCCACCGGUUCUGCCUGCAAUUUCUCCUCGAUUGCGAGCACCGCCACCGGUGAACAACGACAGCGACAGCGACGAGAGUGAUGGCGGCGGGCCUUCGAAAGCACCGGCGAAAGGGAAUGCAUGGAACUCGUCUGACGAUGAAGAAACAGGUCCCCGCCGGACCACCGGGACCGGCCCGCGUUAUCCGAACAAGGGACCCGCUCAGAUGGCGGAUGAGGACAGCGAGGAGGACAUGCCGCUGGCUGCCACAGUGGACAGAGCCGUGCAGCGGGCUACUCAGCUUCAGGCUGCGCACGAUGCAUCGGACAGUGACGAGGAGCAGCCGCUCUCGCAGCUGCUGCAGCAGAACAAGAUCAGUUUGCCAUCCAUAAACUUCGACCGUCGCAAUCAAGAGGAGGGAGAGGAGGAAGAGGACGACGAGCCACUGGGUGUGCGCGCCUCGCGGCUGGUGCCGUCGUUCCACGGGUCUGUCCAGGGCGGCGGUGACGAUGACGAGACGCCGCUUGCGUUCCAUCCCGAGCAACAGCGGCGGUCGCAGUACCAGAUGAUGGCGCAAGCCCAGGUGCAGCACCAGCAGAUGAUGAUGCAGGCUCAAAGCAUGUUCUUUUCGCCGCAGCCCAUGAUGGCGCCGGGCUUCUUUGGGCCUCCGCCGAUGAUGAUGCAGCCGCCCAUGUCGAUGGUCUCCGGCCACGAGGAGGCAAAAUACGGCGCAGUCGACCGAUGGCGCAAAGAAGUCGUCGCGGACGAGCCUUGA